ACAAGCUCUGGCACGGGGGGGUUCAGCAGUGACAAUAUUUUUGAUGUUUGUGGAUUUUGUGUGGAUUCAGUUACGUUGCAUUUGGAUCUAUCAUCAGUCUCGAUAUCACUGUGAAUUUAGAAGGAUGAGCCGUGCAGAAGGUCUGAAGGCCAACUCCUCUCAGUUCACUCUGGAAGGAGAGCCCUUCCGUGUCCUGGGUGGAUCAGUCCAUUAUUUCCGUGUGCCCAAAGCCUACUGGGAAGACCGCCUGCUGAAGAUGAAGGCAUGUGGCAUCAACACUCUAACAACAUAUGUACCAUGGAACCUGCAUGAGCCUGAGAGAGGAGCAUUCAACUUCCAUGAGCAGUUGGAUCUUAGGGCCUAUGUGAGUUUAGCAGCAUCAAUGGGUCUCUGGGUGAUCCUGCGACCAGGACCAUACAUCUGUGCUGAAUGGGACUUGGGCGGGUUGCCAAGCUGGUUAUUACAGGACAAAUAUAUGCAGUUACGAACAACUUACCCUGGAUUUGUAGAUGCUGUCAACCUCUACUUUGACAAGCUCAUCUCAAUUAUUAAACCUUUCAUGUAUGAAGAAGGAGGCCCAAUUAUUGCAGUCCAAGUUGAGAAUGAGUAUGGCUCCUAUGCCAAAGAUGAAAAAUACAUGUCAUUUAUUAAAAAUAGUCUCCAGUCCAGAGGAAUCAAUGAGCUGCUCCUGACUUCAGACAACUGGGAAGGUCUGAGAUGUGGAGGAGCAGAGGAAGUGUUACGUACAAUAAACCUUCAGAGACUGUCAUUUGGUGCAAUCCAGUACUUAGCCGACAUGCAGCCCCAGAAACCACUAAUGGUGAUGGAGUAUUGGUCUGGGUGGUUUGACGUGUGGGGGGAGCAUCACCAUGUGUUCCACGCUGAGGACAUGCUAUCUGUGGUGUCAGAAAUCUUGGAGAGAGGUGUUUCCAUUAAUCUGUACAUGUUUCAUGGUGGAACCAGCUUUGGCUUCAUGAAUGGAGCGAUUGACUUUGGCACCUACAAACCUCAGGUCACUAGUUAUGAUUAUGACGCUCCCCUGUCUGAGGCUGGGGACUGUACCACCAAAUAUCAACUCUUGAGGAGUUUAUUCAGCCAGUACCAUUCUGAGCCUCUUCCUGAAGUGCCCUCUCCUCAAGAGCGGAAAACAUAUGACCCUAUCGUUGUCCAACAGCAUCUGUCACUGUGGGACAGCCUCCACCUCACUGACAAGCCGUACAGGUCAGAUUUACCCAUCAACAUGGAGAAUCUCCCUGUGAACAAUAACAAUGGGCAGUCUUAUGGUUACACAUUGUAUGAAACCACCAUCAGCAGUGGAGGAAUGCUUAAUUCCAGGAACAACAUCAGAGAUAGGGCUCUGGUAUUUGUGGACAGACAGUAUGUUGGAACUUUGGACUACAAGACCCAUGAACUGACACUCCCUGAUGGAAAGGGACAAAGGUCAUUGUCUUUAUUGGUGGAGAACUGUGGAAGAGUGAAUUAUGGGAAGGCUCUGGAUGAACAACGCAAAGGUAUUGUGGGAGACAUUCUGCUGGACCACAUCCCACUGAGAGGAUUUACCAUCUUCUGUUUAGAUAUGAAGCCAGGAUUUAUGAAAAGAUUAACAAAUUCAGGUCAGUGGAAAUCUGGCUUCCAGUGCACCUCGCUGCCAGGGUUUUUCCAGGCCAGACUGUAUGUUGAUGGUCCCCCCAGAGACACGUUCAUCAAACUCCCUGGGUGGGGUAAAGGUGUUGUGUUUAUCAAUAACCAGAACCUGGGACGCCAUUGGUUCGUUGGUCCUCAGCAUUUUCUUUACCUCCCUGGACCUUGGCUGAGAACUGGAGAGAAUCAGAUCCUGGUUUUUGAGGAGCAAAAAACAGAUGGCCAAAUUGUCUUUGCUGCAAAUACUGAUCAUGGAAAGACAAUUGAUGUUUAUAAGCUUCCUUUCUGCACACUUCUGUAAAAAUGCUACAACGAUACAAACAAAUAAACCAUCUUAAAAUUGAUGUGCUCCUUAUACUAUCGACUGCCUUUU